AUGUUUACACUCGAACAAUUUCUUCAAAAUAAAACAUGGAAUCCAACAUUAGAUGAUGCUGGUGAAGCAGGUAAAAAAAUUCUUCAUAUGCGUCUUCAAGUUAAACCUGGAACAACUCCUGAUAAUUUAAAUAUUACACUUAGUGGACAUGAUUUACGUGUUAAUUUUGAAAAUAAAGCUGGACCAGAAUAUAAACAAGUAACAAUAUGGCCAACAGCUGAUCUUGAAAAACUCAAGACUGAACUUCGAAGUGAUGGAUUUCUUCAUAUUACAGUACCAAUUAAAGUUUAG